GCUCUCCAACACGAACCCGUUGCUCUCUUGACACUCGCAGCAUUCCCUCUUCUUCUUGAGUCACCACGCUUGUCAUAUCUUGAUCUGCAAAAGAAAACGCCAGAAACGUCCUCAUCAGGUAGCCACCCCGGGCCACUGCCACAGAUCUGCGACAUCUGCAAUCUUCCCUUUGAAUCGGAACAAGCACUUCAAUCCCACCAAACGACUCAUGUUGAAUUGAGACCUUUCGAGUGCCCACAAUGCCAUCAACGAUACGCACGGAAUGACCUCUUGGAACAGCACCUUGAAGUUCAUAAAGAAGAGGAAUUUUUCGACUGCCCACAUUGCGAUAGAAAAUUCAGAAAGAAACGCAGACUGAAUGAACACCUUCUGACGCAUACUGAAGAGAGGCCGUUCGGGUGCGAACAUUGCCACAAACGAUUUAAACGGAAAAGUGAUAAAAACCAGCACCUUCAGACUCAUACUGAAGAGAAGCCUUUCGAGUGCGAAUAUUGCCAUAAAGGAUUUAAACACAAGAGCGACCGGGAUCGGCACAGUCGGACGAUUCAUACUGAAGAGAAGCCUUUCGAGUGCGAAUAUUGCCAUAAAGGAUUUAAACACAAGAGCAACCGGGAUCAGCACAGUCGGACUCAUACUGGAGAGAAGCCUUUCGGGUGCAACCAAUGCGAAAAGAAAUUCUCGCGGAAAUACUAUCUCGAAAAACACCUGAAUAGUCAUUGCAUUCCGAGGCAGCCUUUCAAGUGCCGUAUAUGCAACAAGGAAUUUGAGAAGCAAGAAAGUUUUGAUGACCAAAUGGAAGACCAUGCCGAGGGUUUAUUCGAGUGCCCGGUAUGCGCAAAGGACUUCCCAGAUCAAACCAGCCUUAACGAACAUGAUUGUAAGGGGCCAUAUCCCGUCUCGCAGCUGUUCGAGUGCCGUAUAUGCAAGAAGGAAUUUGAGAAGCAAGAAAGUUUUGAUGACCACAUGGAAG